ACAACACACAAAGAGAAUAAUAAUCAACAUAAUUAUAAAAAUGAAAUUCCUGCUCAGUUCGGUUUUCCUGUUGGCUCUUCUGGGUGCCAGCUAUGGCUACAGUGCCAGUUGGGGCAAACGUGCCAAUAAUGACUAUCUGCUAUCCCGCCAGAUCGAAGUGCGUAAUCCCAUUAAGAAUAAUUACUGGAGCGUCAAUGUUGAUUUUCCCAGAGCUGGUACUGUGAAUUACUAUAACAUUUCGGCCGUAUUUGUGUAUGAUAACUUCAAGAACAGUUCCGGAGCUUCACCAAGUCUGUGGUCUGGUGGUCCAGGAUACCGUUUCGCCACAGUAAAUCUUCGUAGUCUGGUUAGCAAGGGCAUUAACUCGACUGUCGAGAUCUGGGGACGUUAAAAAUGUAUGUGAUAGUGAAAAUAAAUUGAAAUACGUAUAAUCCAAAAA